AUGGCGAUGUUGGCGCCGCCGCCGUCCUCCGCGGCGUGGCUGGAGUGGGCCGCGGAGUACACCAAGGCGGCGCAGGCCGAGGCCCGCCCGCCGCCGGAGUGGGCGGCGCGGGUGGCGGCGGCCGCGGCGGCGGGCGAGAGCGGGGACGUGCCCUGCUCCGCGGGGCUCGCGGAGGUGCUGGCGCGCGCGCUGCUCUCCGGCGGCGGCGGCGGCGGUGCUGCCCCGGCGGCCGCCGCCGCUUGGAAGUACGCGGAGGCCGCGCUCGCGGCGCGGCUCGCGUCCCCGGCGCUCCUCCUCGCGCUCCUCUCCACCAGGGUCAUUCCUCACCGGUUUUCCAGGCCAAUGGAGUAUAGACUCUACCUAGAGCUCUUGAAAAGACAUGGGUUCAACUUCCAUCAUCAGAUGAAAGCGGCCAAUUUCAGAAAGAUCAUGGAUUUAAUAGACGGGAACCUUAAACUUUCCAAGAUAUUUGGCAUCUCUACAUGUGAACCAGGGGUUUUUGUUGUGCAUUUCACUCUUUGUAUUAUGUGGCAGUUGGUUGAUGUUGUUUUGGAUGAUGAGGGCCUGCUAGAGUUAACUCCAGAGAAGAAAACUCAAUGGCCAACCAGGCCUGAAGAUGUGAGCACAUUUGAAGGAACUUUUACUGAACUAAGAACUGAGAAGAUUGAAAAGUUACAGAAGAUGAACACUGUAACAACUAUGGAGCUCAUUGAGCAUCUUCUUCGUGAUAAAGUAAUUACUCGUAUCCUAUCAUUGGCACGCGAAAACAUGCAAUCUCACUGGGGGGCAUUUACUAACCGGUUGCAUUUACUUGCAACAAACUCAUCUACCUUGCAAAAUUCAGCAAUAUCCUUGGAACCAUUUCAGCAUUUGAUUGUAGGUGAUGGCAAUGCAUAUGGAGAAACUAAACAUAAUAUGCGUAAAAGAUUCCACCCAACAGUGGCUUCUAACCCUCUAGCUUCACCAAAUGGACGAUGCCUUGGUGCUAACUAUUCUUCACUAUGGAUUCCUAUCGAUAUGUAUCUUGAGGAUUGUCUCGAUGGUUCAAUCGCUGCAACAAAUUCCAUUGAGAUUUUAAGUGGUUUGGUCAAGGCUCUUCAAGCAGUCAAUAGGUCGACUUGGCAUGAUGCUUUCUUGGCCCUCUGGGUAGCUUCACUUCGCCUUGUACAAAGAGAAAGAGAACCAAUUGAAGAUUCACUUUGCAAUGAAACAGAACUCAACAGUCAUGUGAAUGGGAAGAAAGCAAUUGCUCAUAAACUUGAUGGAAGCUUGGCAGAGGUCGACAAGUUAUUUGAAGUUGCAAUUGAUGGAUCAGAUGACGACAGCAUUUCUGCUGCCACUGUUUUAUGUGGAGCCACCCUUUUACGAGGUUGGAAUUUUCAGGAGCAUACAGUUCGGUUAGUUGUUAAACUGCUCUCACCAUCUGAUCCAAUCGAUUAUUCUGGAAGAGAGAGCCAAUUGAUAAAGCUUGGUCCAAUGCUCAAUGUUAUUCUUUCAGGAAUAUCGGCCGUGGACUAUGCUCCAAUCUUCUCAUUCCAUGGCCUGAUUCCAGAGCUGGCUGCUGUUCUUAUGGCAAUCUGUGAAGUAUUUGGGUGUCUUUCUCCAAGUGUUUCCUGGACACUGAGAACUGGAGAGGAAAUAUCUGCUCACACAGUCUUCUCGAAUGCAUUCAUUCUUCUGUUGAGACUCUGGAAGUUUAACCAUCCACCACUUGAGUAUUGCAUAAUGGGAGAUGGUGCUCCAGUUGGCUCGCAGCUAACUCCUGAGUAUCUUCUGCUGUUGCGGAAUUCCCAGGUUCUAUCUUCCAGCAGUUUGGCAAGACAACGAAACGGACAAAGGCAAUCACAAGUAUCAACUUCACACCCAUCAUCUGGGAAUCCUAUUUUUAUGGACUCGUUUCCAAAGUUGAAGUUAUGGUACCAGCAACACCAAGCUUGUCUGGCCUCAACUCUCUCUGGACUUGCGCAUGGGACACCUGUACGUAACAAUGUGGACAGCCUUCUUAAUCAGAUGUUCAGAAAGGCUAAUAAAGGAGGCACAUCUAUAGGUUCUUUGUCUGGAAGUAGCAGCAUAAGUAAUUCUUCCGGUCCUGGUGUGGACGAUUCACAUCUUUGGCCUCAGUUGCCAGCUUGGGAGAUACUGGAGGCUGUUCCAUUUGUGGUUGAUGCUGCUCUGACUGCUUGUUCCCAUGGAAGACUGUUUCCACGUGAACUGGCCACAGGCUUGAAAGAUCUGGCUGAUUUCCUGCCUGCAUCUCUUGCUACAAUAGUAAGCUACUUUUCAGCUGAGGUAACGCUGGGUGUCUGGAAGCCAGCAUCCAUGAAUGGAUCAGAUUGGCCUAGCCCCUCUGUGAACCUAUCCAUGGUUGAUGAGCACAUCAAGAAAAUCGUAGCUGCUACCGGUGUUGAUGUUCCAAGGCUAGUUACAGGAGGAAGUUCUUCGGGUACACUUCCGUUGCCAUUGGCUGCUUUCGUGAGCCUCACAAUCACAUACAAGCUUGACAAGGCAUCAGAGCGUUUCCUCAACCUUGCUGGUCCAGCUCUAGAGAACCUCGCUGCAAGCUGCCCUUGGCCAAGCAUGGCAAUUGUUGCAGCACUGUGGACCCAGAAGGUGAAGCGAUGGACCGAUUUCCUAAUAUUUUCAGCUUCGCGCACGGUGUUCCACCACAACAACGAGGCAGUCGUCCAGCUCCUCCGAAGCUGCUUCGCCGCUACCCUUGGCAUGUCUUCGACAUCAGUAUGCAGUUGUGGAGGCGUCGCCAGCCUUCUGGGCCACGGGUACUGCCCUGGUGGUUUCUCACCGGUUGCACCAGGAAUACUCUACCUCCGGAUAUUCCGGUGCAUCAAGGACUGCUCCAUACUGGCCGAGGACAUACUCUCCCUUCUGAUGCUUUCAGUGAAGGAUAUCGCGGAAACAACUGUGCCCAGACAUCGGUCAGACAAACUAAAGAAGACCAAGUACGGGAUGAGGCAUGGCCAGGUAUCUCUUUCCGCUGCAAUGACGCAGGUGAAGGUGGCGGCAUCGCUGGGAGCGACACUCGUCUGGCUAUCCGGCGGCACGGCUCUCGUCCAGUCCCUGAUCCAGGAGAUGCUGCCGUCUUGGUUCCUGGCCGUGCAGAACCUGGACCAGGGCGGGGCCAGCGGAGGCAUGGUGUACAAGCUGGGCGGGCACGCGCUGGCCUACCUCGCGGUGUACUCGGGGAUGUUCGCCUGGGGCAUCGACCCGACGCCCGUGUCCCGGCGCCGCGAGAGGGUCAUGCGGUCGCACCUGGGGUUCCUGGCCAGCGCGCUGGACGGCAAGAUUUCCCUGGGCUGCGACCUCUCCUGUGGCGUGCCUACGUCUCUGGGUUCCUGGGGCUGGUGGUGGAGUGCACCCCGUGCUGGGUGCAGGAGGUGGACCUGA